AUGGCAAGAUUAGUACACAAUGUUCAAAAGAAACAGCAUAAGGAAAGGUCUCAAAAGGAUAGCAGAGCCAGAUAUGGCUUGCUAGAGAAAAAGAAAGACUAUAGAUUAAGAGCAGCAGAUUAUCAUAAAAAACAAGCAGCAUUAAAAGCGUUGAAAGAAAAGAUCAAAACGCAUAAUCCAGAUGAAUAUUAUCAUGCUAUGACCAGGAAAAAAACAGAUGAUAGAGGGAUAUUGAUAUCAGAUAGAGAUAGUGAAGUGCUAAGUGUUGAUCAAGUUAAAUUAUUAAAAACUCAAGAUAUAAAUUAUAUACGAACGAUGAGAUUAAAUGAAUUAAAUAAAAUACAAAAAGAAAAAGAAGGGAAAUUAUUUGAAGGAUCGGGUAGACAUACAGUAUUUGUUGACUCUAAUGAAGAACAAAAAAGUUUCAAUCCUGAAGAGUUUUUCAAUACAGAUGAAUCGUUAUUAGAUAAUAGACAAAAUAGACUUCGAUUAGAUCAAUUACAUUCUAACUCGGGAGUAAUAAAGUCAAAUGAUUUAGAUUCAAAGCAAAAAGAUAAACUAGAUGAAAAAAAAUUGAAAGAAUACAAAAGAUUACAGAGAAGAAUAAACAAGGAGAAAGAAAUACGAGAUGUUGAACAAAUAAUGAGUUUAAAUUUGGAGAAAAUGAAAAAUGGUAGUAAGAAGAAAGUAGUAAGUAAUGAUGGUAAAACUCAUUUCAAAUGGAAAAAUGAAAGGAAAAGGUAA